AUGGUUGGACUGCUGGGCGGACAAUAUGAACUAUUCAAUACAAAGUCAAUGGAUAAAUUGGGCUCGGACAUUGAAGCGAUACAUAGAGCACAUCAUGUACAGCCAACUAUAUUUGUGUCAUUGGCAUCCUAUAGAGAUGUAUUAUGCUCAGACACUCUAAACUACAUCUUCCUCAAUGCGCGACAUCCACAAAACAUCUAUAUUGGUCUUGUUGAUCAAGGUUCAGAACUGCUGGAAGAGCAGCUGAAAAAGGAUGGCGAUCCAUUGGUCAACGGCACGACCUCGGCCGUUGAUCCCGACUAUCCUGUAUCACAUUGCUACAGAGGUCUCAAGAUAUCAAAGGAGUUGGCACUCAACAAUAUACGUCGCACGACAAUGACCGUGCCAGAGUCGCGAGGUCCAACGUUGGCACGACAACGGGCAUCCAUGCUCUAUCGCAACGAAACAUACUACAUGCAGAUAGACAGUCAUGUUCGAUUCAUCGUCGAUUGGGACCUCUAUGUUAUGAAUGAUCUCUGGUCGCUCAAGGGUCGCGCGUCAAAGGGUCGUCAUGGCGUGCCCAAGGCAAUACUCUCAGCCUAUCCAAUGCCCUAUGAGGAGACCGAUCCAGGACUGCCCAAGGACGACCAGAAGGAGGUGUCGCGGCUGUGCAAGGCGGUGUUCAACAAGAAUGGAAUGAUCACAUUCAAUGGAUAUAUACUCAAGGCGACGGCAACACCCGCCGAGAUACCAUUCGUGGCGGCGGGAUUCUUCUUUGGGAACGCCGAGUUCCUCGAGAAGGUGCCAUUCGACCCGCAUCUGCCCAACCUAUUCGAGGGCGAGGAGAUCCUGCUGACCGUGCGUCUGUUUACGAUUGGAGGCUACCGCUUCUUUGCGCCAACAAAGAACCUUUGCUAUCAUUACUACAUGAGAUCAAAGCAUCCAAAGUUCUGGAACGACAACACAUCGUAUCAAAUCGAGAUGGCACAGAGCCAGGACAGAGUCAAGUACAUACUGGGCAUGGACCCCGGUGCUGACCUCUCACAGCCCAAGUACGUCGACCUGGAGCCAUACGACAUCAAGAACAAGUCACUAAUCAAUGACUAUUGGGAGAGAUACAACAUUGACGUUGGAAAGAGCACAAUGGAUGUGGACAAAUGGUGUUGA